AGCACCGAGCCAGGAGCGGACACGGGCGGGGAGAGCUGUGAUCGAAGGAAGAGUGGCAGAGAAGGGAGGGUGAGGGGCCGAGAAGCGGCUCCGGCUUAGAAAUCCCGAAGACACCGGUGUAGGGACCUGUGAUCACCAAGGCAGGACCGGGGUAGCAAAGGCUCAUGCCCCCAUUUUACAGCUCAGAUUUCUCAAAACUCUACCCUUCCCCAAGAGAGGAACAUAAAAGAGGAAGGAAUGUUCACUAUUUUCCUCAUAGUUUGAUCCCAGAUUUCUUCUUCCUGGAAAACCUGAUCUUUGACCAGAUGGCAGUAACAUUUGAAGAUGUGACUGUUAUUUUUACUUGGGAGGAGUGGAAGUUCCUGGAUUCUUCUCAAAAAAAGCUCUACAGAGAGGUCAUGUGGGAGAACUACACAAAUGUCAUGUCAAUAGGAAACGGGAAAGAGAGCUACAAAUUCCAAGAAGAAAAAUUCAGAUAUUUAGAACAUGAAAAUCUUCCCUGUUGGCAAGGCUGGAGGAAUGCCAGCACUCAGAUAUAUGAGAAUAGAAACUAUGUGGAAACUGUCCAAGGAAUAAAUUCCAAAGACCUAAAGCAACAAGACCUUUCCCACCAUCAAGAAUGGUUAAUACUCUCCACACAAGUACCAGGGUAUGGGAACUAUGAACUGACUUUUGAAGACAAAAGUGCCAGGAACUUAAAAUAUACAAAGCUUAUACCUUGGAAGUCCUUAGAAACAAAACAUAACCCUCAAGACUAUGCUAGAGAAAUCUACAUGAAUGAAUCACAUGGUUUUCAAGGAAGCAGAUGCCACUUUGACAUAUCUAGGAAAAAUUUCUCUGUGGAAAAAGAACAGAAGCUCAUAGUUCAGCAUUCUUAUGUCCCAACAGUGGAAGCCCUUCCGGACUACACCGGGGAGCUAUGUCAACAUGACCUACUGAAAAACUCUAUGGAAGAGGAAUACUGUAGAUGUAAUAUAUGUAAAGAAAUUUAUUAUUGGAACUCACAGUGUGUUCUCCACAAAAGAAAUCAACUUGGAGAAAAGUUCUAUCAAUGCUCUAUCAGCACAGCAUGUUUCUCUCCAAGAUCAGAUCUAUCCAGACAUCCAAGAAUUCACAUAGGAAAGAAGCUGUAUGGAUGUGAUCAAGUUGAUGAUAACUUCACUCAGAGCUUAGGUGUUCACUUUCAUCAGAGAGUCUGCCCAGGGGAGGUUUCUUAUAUAUGCCACGUGUGUGGUAACAGCUUCAGUCAGAUCUCUAGUCUUCACAGUCAUCAAAGAAUCCAUACAGAAGAGAAACUUUAUAAAUUUGAAUGUAAUAAGGACCUCAGUCGAAAUUCUUUACUCCAUAUUCACCAGAGACUUCACAUUGGAGAGAAGCCUUUUAAAUGUGAUCAGUGUGGUAAGAGUUUUAGUCGGAGUUCAGUACUUCAUGUUCAUCAGAGAGUCCACACAGGAGAGAAACCAUAUAAGUGUGAUGAAUGUGGUAAGGGCUUCAGUCAGAGCUCAAAUCUUCGAAUUCAUCAGUUAGUCCACACAGGAGAGAAGUCCUAUAAAUGUGAUGACUGUGGUAAGGGCUUUACCCAGCGCUCAAAUCUCCAGAUUCAUCAGAGAGUACAUACAGGAGAGAAGCCUUAUAAAUGUGAUGACUGUGGGAAGGACUUUAGUCACAGCUCUGAUCUUCGUAUUCAUCAGAGGGUCCAUACUGGGGAGAAACCCUAUACUUGUCAUGAAUGUGGGAAGGGCUUCAGCAAGAGUUCGAAGCUUCACACUCAUCAAAGAGUCCAUACUGGAGAGAAACCCUAUAAAUGUGAACAGUGUGGUAAGGGAUUCAGUCAGCGUUCGCACCUUCUCAUUCAUCAGAGAGUUCACACAGGAGAAAAACCCUAUAAAUGUGAGGACUGUGGAAAGGGCUUUAGUCACAGCUCUAAUCUUCACAUUCAUCAGAGGGUCCACACAGGAGAGAAGCCUUAUCAAUGCACUAAGUGUGGCAAGGGUUUCAGUCAUAGCUCGGCUCUUCGAAUUCAUCAGAGAGUCCACACAGGAGAAAAACCUCAUAAAUGCCAUGAGUAUUAUAAGGGAUUUGAUCACAGUUUACAUAUUCACAAUAAUCACCCACGAGAAACCUUAUAAUUACAUUCAUCUCGUUAACCACUUUAAUCAAAGCUUAACCUUAAGCCCAAUAAAUGCUGCUGGGAAGAAAAUUCUAUAAAUAACCUGAAUAAUCCCAAGCAACAUUUAUAGUUUCCCCUAACUCCCACUAAGAAUCAUUUACUUCAAGAAGAAAUCCUUGGGAUGCCUAUAUAUUUAAAAUGAAAGUGUAUUUACUUUUUCUAUUCUAUUAUACCUGUCCAUUAUAAAAUAUAUGAAGGAUUCAAGGAGAAAACUCUUCAUACUGUUUUAUUCUAGUCUUUUUUUGUGCAUUUUCAUGUACAUUGAAAUCAUACUGUGUAUUCAACCCUGUAUUUUCAUUGACUUCAAAACAUUUACUUACAUUUUGUUUUGAACGGAAAUUGGUUAGCUAUCUAUGAAACAGCAUUCUGACUCCUUUGUAAAGUCCCCAGAAAGCCACAGGGACAAAACACAAAACUUGAAACUCAAACUGGUAGAUAACCUCUUGCUCAAAUAUGGAAGAAUUAACUAUUGGGCCAGUACAAUUCGAUUGGUUAGGACACAGGAAAGCACUGCAUGACCCUUUAUCUAAGAUAGGAUGUCUUAAGAGAUGUUAUCUCCGUCAACCAGAAGAGUCAGGAAGCAUUCUUUUGCAGGGGUCCUGCACUUUUACGUUACCACGGUCGAUUCUCACAUCCCCCUCUCCAGGUUUCCACAUUGAUUCAUAGGUUCAGAUACCAUGUAACAAGAAGUACAAUAUUUAAUAUCCGUGUGAAAGAUGUCAGCAAAAGCUGAUAGAAGUGAAUCUUCAGGAAACUAAAGAUAGUCCAACUGUUCAAAAUUAAGAGAUUUAAGCAGUAGACUGACUUAUUCUCAGUAGAACAGAGUGGUAAUGAGAAAUAGCUGCUGGAAGCAGAAGUGAAUGCAGGGCUAUGUGCAAAACUGAAAUUAAUUAAUGCUAGGAGAGAGAAUGUGGCCAUUGUAAAAUGGAGCAGAGUCAGCAGGAAUACACCAGUCCUAACUAUUGGUAAUAUAAAUAUGCUCAGACAUCAUUACCCAAGAGAAACUAAAUUAAGUGGACGUGUUCAGGGAAAUAACAAGGAAUUGCAGCACCAAAGAAAGAACACCACUGUGAAGAGGUAAAACCUGAUAGCCCUGAAAAUUAGCUAUUUCAGUCUCCUGAAGGAAUUUUCAAAAAAUUGGUGUUCUAAGUGGCAUGACAGAAAACCUGAAAUCAGUAAAACUAGAGUAGAAAUCUAAGUACAGAAGAGCCUCUAAAAUGAAAAGAGAAAUAAUGGACUACAGGGAAAUUUAAAAUGGAUCAAAGUAAAAGGCAGUAAGAGCAGAAUUGGCACUGCAGAAUAUCAAACACUGUAGUGAAUAUACUUCAGAAGAUCUUCAGUGCAUACACAAAGGAUAAUGAGAUGGAAACAAUGAGACAAGACGGAGUGUAAAGAAUGGAGAUGCAAUGUAGGAAUUAAAGGUGUUUCUAAGGAAGAUAAAAAGAACGUAGAAUAGAAUCAGUGAUCAAAGAAAUUAAGACAUUUUACCUGCGCUAAACGUACAUAUGGCUUACUAGAUUUUAGGCAAAACCAAAUAAAAAUCAUGCUUAGAAACAGGGAAAAAAGAACAAUUGAAAGCAUGCAGAAAGAAAAAUUCUGGUCUCUACAAAGAGAGUGGAAAGAGAGAAUGGAUAAAGAACUCCAACAGUAAAUGUCAAAAGACAGCUGAACGACACCUUUAGAAUUGUGAGAUUAAAAAACCUAUUAUCACUUUUGGUAUUUUUUAAAUUGUCAUUGUUUAAAUUAUGCAAGCACCAAGUUAGAUAAGAAAACAAAGUAUCAUACAUGUUCCUUUCUUAAAGGGAGGUCAAGAAGUGGCCAUUAAAUGUGCCUAAAACUGGUAAUGAACACUAAAAUCAGUUAAACAUAGAGUUAAGUCAGAAUAAUUGUUAAUUUGUUUAUAAAAUAUCAAAAAUUUUAAAUAGCUGUGCAAGAAAAUAUUUAAUAUAUGAAUAAAAGCAGAUUAUAUAUAAAUGCCUGAGUGGGAGACUAGGGUUGUCGGAUAAAAUACAGGACACCUCGUUCAGAUUUCAGAUAUACAAUGAAUAAUUUUUUAGUAUAAGUAUAUCCCAAAUAUUGCAUGGGACUUGCACCAAGAAAUUAUUUGCUUAUAUGGUAUUCAAAUUUAAUUAGGCAACCUGUGUUUUUAUUUGGAAAUCCAGCAACCCUAUGGGGGUAAGAAGAGCAAAAGAAAAUGUGCUACAUUUCUGAUCUUA